AUGGAACGUUUUGACGAGAUUUAUAACGAAUUGUUUGCUUUAAGCGUUAUGUUGGUGAAACAACCUUUCAGAUCAUGUUUUAUUGAACAUUAUACAAAUAAAAUUUUAGAAUUUAAUAAGGUUUUGAAAAAUUGUACAAAUGAAAACACAGUUAUUUUGAAUAAGAUACAAUUAAAACUUUUAGAACCGAUUUUACUUCAGUUAGACACAUCAAUAAAAUCUGAUGAUAAAUGCUUGUUACUUGAGUGUUUGAUUAAUAUUUUAAAUAUAACUCCAAUAAAAGACAUUAAUGUAUUUUUUAAUAUAUACCUUUUGUUAUUUUCUCAAAUAUUCGAAGGGGAAAAAUCGAGUAGUGUAAUUUCAGAAGAAUUAAAGUUAAAUACACUUCACGCAAGUAGUCGGUUAAUUGAAAAUUUGGACAUAAGCGUUUUAGAUAAACUUUUUAAACAAGACUCAGGUGAAAAAUUCAGUAUUGGAAUAUUUGUAUCUGUUAAAAUUGCAAGAAAUGAAAGAAGUAUUAAAUUGAGGUUAGAGGCUCUAAAUUUCUUAUUAACAGCCAGUCAGUUUAAAGAAAAUGUUGUUUACAAUCAGGGUAUUUAUUCUUCUGUAGCUGAUUUAUUUAUGUUGUAUCUUCCUGGUAUUAUAUCUCCUCUUCAAGAAAUUAUCAUGAGAGAUGAAACUCAACAUCAUUUAAUAACUAUUACAGCUUUAAAAUGUUGGGGACACAUACUUUCCUUGGUUCUUUGUGAUCUGCCGAGUAAUGAAGACUUAAAUGAAAAUGAACAAAUUCAAAUGUGGAUGAGUACCUGCGACAAAAAAUUAAAAGAAACAGAAAUUAUUGAUGUUAAAAAAUGUUUAUUAGAGAAAAAAAGGACUAGUAGUUGGUUGGCAGCUGUAGCAAUUACAGUGAAGCCUCUAAUUUCAAAAGUGACAGAAGUAAGGAAACAUUCUAAUGAUAAAUGCAGAAUAGAAUUAUUAAAAGUUUUAGUUGGAUUUCUUGAAAAUUGUCCAGUUAAUUUAGAAUCAUCUAUAAAUGUCAUUAUAGAUGUGUUAGUCGGAUCACUAAGUGAUAAAAAUGAAGAAAUACAAAACAUUGCUUAUGAAGCAUUAAAAAAAUUUGAAAUGAAACAUAUGGAUAAAUCAUCAAUAAAAUAUUCAUCAGUCAUGGAAACUAAUUUUUAUUUACUAGUCAACAAAUUACCUGGAAUAAUAAAGUCAGGAGAUGAAAAAUUAUUAUUGUCCUCUUUAAAGUCUUUUUCCGGUUAUUUAAAUAUUUUAGGAAAAUCUGGAAAGCUGAAAAAUCUUUUAAAUCUUUCUUCGACAUUAAAAAAAGUAUUAUUUCCAAUUCAAGUAGCUUUUGAAUUGAUGUUAUAUCCAGAAAUUUCAACUGAAGAUUUUUCUAUCAACAACAAUGACAUGAGCUUGACGACAUGGUCAAAACAGUGGAAAAAAUUUUAUCACUUUACUGAUUCUUUGAUUAUUUUCGAAUUGGAAAAAAUUUGCCAACUUUUAGGAGAACAUGUGGAAAUUGAAAUCAUUGUAGAUUUUUUAAUGGAUAUUUUUACUAAAGAACACUCAUUCAGAAAAGAAAUAUUAUUAAUAUUAAAUCAAGUUAUAUUAGGUUUAAAAGAAAUUAAACCUCACGUUAUGAACGAGUUGUUUGAAUUUUACAUUGAUCCUGAAAAAUUACAUUUGGUGUUAACUGUUGAUAAUGAAUCUUGUUUUAAUGUAAAAGAUUUACAUUCUAAUAUAAUAAAGGUUGCAUUGAUAAUGGAAGGUUUGAGACAUUUGGCAAUAAAGUUGGAUAAUAAUUUUAAUAAAUAUUUAUUUAAAAGUUUAUAUUACGUUGUGGAAUUAAUGGGAAAUAAAUAUGCUCUUAUAAAACUCGAAGCGACUAAAACAGGUACUGCUAUAUCACAAGUCUGCGGUAUGAAAGGGAGCGUAGAAUUUUUAAUAAAAAAUAAUAUUGAUUAUUUAACGUAUCAUUCCAUAACGAAAAUGAAAACGAAUGCUGUCGGUGUUCUUGACGUAUUAACGGUUUUAAUUAAAAAUAGCGGAUUAGAUACAAUGUCUAAUUUAGAAGAUAUUGUUAAUAAAGUUCUCAAAAUUAGUUGUGUAAAUUAUAAUUCGCCAUUAACCGUUUCUUACUUACGAGUAUUUCACACUUUUGUUCACUGCUUGAGAAAUUGGCUCAAUGUUAAUUAUACAAAACAAGAAUAUAAAUCGAAAGAAAAUCUCACAAAAGAACUUGUUGAUUUUAUUAUAAAUCUUGAAAAAAAAGAAGAAGACAUUAGUGAUGAAAUGGAAUAUGAUAAUAAUAAUGAAUCAGUGGAAGAUGAAGAAAUAAAUGAUGAAUUACCUGAAAAAAAUGAUAAAGUCGAAUUACCCAAACACAUUCGCAUCACAGUCGCCAUUUCAAAUCAUUGUCUUAAUUUUCUCAGUUCAAAAGAUAUAAAUAUUAAAUUAUUAGUUUUAGAAAUAUUAAACGAAAGUAUUUGUAUAUUAUCAGAAAUAGAAAAUGAAUUAUUACCAUUGAUUCAUAAAAUAUGGUCUCCGUUAGUAACUAAAUUUGAUAAAUUAACAGAAAUUAUUUUAAUAAGAAGAAGUUUUAGUCUUUUAUGUAAUUUAGCUCGAGUUUCAAAAUAUUUUCUUAGAUCUAGAGCACUUAAAAACGUUUUACCAUUUUUGAAAAAAUUUUUAUUAACGGAAGCUGCGAAAAGCAAAACAAAAGAUUUUCAUAAAGAAUAUUUUUUUACACAAAAUUAUAAACUUCAAGGAGAACUUUUAGAUAAUUUAGGAGAAUUAAUAAUUAAUUUUGAAUUAUUUGAAAAACAAUGUCACGUCAUAAUUGAUGGAAUUAUUCCAUAUUUAAGUUCAUGCCAGCCUAAAGAACUUCAAGAAAAAUGCAAAAAAUCAUUUUUAAAUUUAAUUUAUUAUGAUCCUUAUUUAAUUUGGUUUAAACUCAAUCAUUUAAUUAAAAAUGAAGAAUUUUCUAAAAAUGUUAAUAUUAUAUUAGAAAAAAUCAAUGAAAAUAUAAAUUAA